AUGUAUGCAAUUUCUCAUACAAAGUCUGAUGGGUCUUUUGUCAAUGAAGAUACAUUCAAUAAUAAUAAAGUAUUUGGAAAAGAACAACAUGGAUAUGUUCAUAGCAUGGGACUUGGAGUUACGCCAUCUCAGAUUAAUAGAUCUACGAGAUCAGCAUCUUCUUCUGCAGAAAAUGAAAAAAUAAAAGAAAUGCAAGAAGAAAUUAAUGCACUUAAAGAAAAGAAUUCAAAAAUUGAUGAAUUGAUGGAGGCAAUCACAUUCUUAAAGAAAAGGGAUAAUGCUAGGACAAAGGAAAUUGAACUCUUAAUGCAAAUGCAAAAUUCAAGUGGAAGACAAGGAUUGGAUUCACCCGCUGAUGGUAGACGUUCAUCUGAAUCUAGCUACCGAAUUGCAGAUAAUGGAUCAUCUAGAAGAACAAAUUAG